CGGAGCGGGGGAACGCCGAGUGCUGCUGCGCGCUGUUGCGGCUCCUGUGCCGGUUGAGCGGGCGAGCGAGCGCGGGAAGAUGUCCGGGCGCGGGAAGCAGGGCGGCAAGGCGCGCGCCAAGGCCAAGUCGCGCUCGUCGCGCGCCGGGCUGCAGUUCCCCGUGGGCCGCGUGCACCGGCUGCUGCGCAAGGGCAACUACGCGGAGCGCGUGGGCGCCGGCGCGCCGGUGUACCUGGCGGCCGUGCUGGAGUACCUGACGGCCGAGAUCCUGGAGCUGGCGGGCAACGCGGCCCGCGACAACAAGAAGACGCGCAUCAUCCCGCGCCACCUGCAGCUCGCCAUCCGCAACGACGAGGAGCUCAACAAGCUGCUGGGCAAGGUGACGAUCGCGCAGGGCGGCGUGCUGCCCAACAUCCAGGCCGUGCUGCUGCCCAAGAAGACCGACAGCCACAAGGCUAAAGCCAAGUAAGGAUAAGCGGCACAUUCGCUUUCCUGGAGAAACCCAAAGGCUCUUUUCAGAGCCACCCACAAGGUCCUAAGAGA